GCACAGUAUUCCCGGCGACAAUUAUCUCUAUUGCUAUCAUUAUAUUCCAACGUGUCAAUUUUCGAGACUUCAAGAAUUCAUCCUGCAGCAGACAUGUCUACAGGAAUGAAAUCAGUCGCAUAUUUCGUGAACUGGGCAAUCUACGGCCGCGCCCAUAACCCCCAGGACAUCCCCGCCGACAAAUUAACCCAUGUGCUGUAUGCGUUCGCCAACGUGCGUCCAGAGAGUGGCGAAGUGUACCUAUCUGACACCUGGUCGGAUAUUGAGAAACACUACCCGAGUGACUCGUGGAACGACGUGGGUCACAAUGUCUACGGGUGUGUGAAGCAGCUGUUCCUUCUCAAGCAGCAGAAUCGGAAACUCAAGGUUUUGCUUUCGAUUGGUGGAUGGACGUACUCGAGUAAUUUCGCUCAGCCGGCUAGUACGGAACAGGGGAGGACGAGGUUUGCGGAGACGGCUACGAAGUUGGUGUUGGAUUUGGGGUUUGAUGGGUUUGAUGUGGAUUGGGAGUACCCUCAGAAUGACACUGAAGCGUACAACUUUGUCUUGCUUCUUCAGAAGUGUCGUGAGGUGAGUUAUCAUACCAGACCCUUUUCUCGUCCAUACGCUGACAGCAUACAGACUCUAGACCGCGCAGCUGGCCCCAAUCGCAAAUUCCUUCUGACCAUUGCUUGCCCGGCUGGCCCCCAAAACUUCACCAAGCUCCGACUCCGCGAAAUGACCCCCUUGCUCGACUUCUACAACCUAAUGGCCUACGACUAUGCCGGUAGCUGGGACUCCAUCGCCGGCCACCAAGCCAACAUCUACCCUUCCAACAGCAACCCCGCCUCAACCCCAUUUUCCACCACCGCAGCCCUCUUACACUACACAGAGACUUCCGCGAUCCCUCGUGACAAGAUGGUCCUGGGCAUGCCCCUGUACGGCCGCGCAUUCACCAACACCGACGGCCCCGGAACCCCAUUCUCAGGCGUUGGCGAGGGAAGUUGGGAGAACGGCGUGUGGGACUACAAGGCGCUUCCGAGACCGGGUGCACAGGAGGAAUUGGAUCAGUCGGUGGAAGCGUCGUGGUGUUAUAGCCCUGCGACCCGGACGAUGGUCUCGUACGAUACCGUGCCGAUGACGCAGAUGAAGGCCAACUUUGUCAGGGCGAACCUGCUUGGUGGUAGCAUGUGGUGGGAGACCAGUGGUGAUAAGGGAGGGAAGGCUGCGAGUCCGGCGGAGGGAAGUUUGAUUGGGACGUUUGUCGAGGGUGUCGGAGGCGUGAAUGCCUUGGAGCAGUCGGCAAAUAACCUCGAUUUCCCUGAGAGUCAGUACGACAACCUUAGGGCGGGAUUUCGGUGAUCGGGACACAGGAACAUUUCUUUAUGUAAAUACGAUUAUGCAGUGCACAUGACUCUACUAAAAUGGAUACAAGACACGUCGUCUACGACUGAUGAAAACAAAAUAGACCAGCAGACAUUCAUUCAUUGUCAUUCAUAACUAUCUGCCGAAGCCGAGGCGAUCCUCA